AUGACUUAUUCGAUAGGUGAUUUAGGAGUUGACACGCGUGUACGAGGCAACACCUGCAUGUGGGAGAAGGAAUGGAUGCCUGCUGCUGCAAUAUCAGGUUCUCACUUUGUGCACAACCCAUCUAAGGACAACACUUUCUUACGAGCGCAAAUGGCAGCAAUUACACGCAAGGUUUCGCAGCAUGCUAGCCUGGCGCCACACAAGGCAGACGACAGCAGCAACCGUGGCAAAGUUAACGUCCUGAGCGAUAAUUUUGUUCCUCUGGUGGAGCCGCAGCCGGGCCAGCGUGGCAUUGUAGUGGAGGACUCAGGUGGACUCACGCUCUCCGAUCGGCACACCGCGCAACUCGCCAUGUUUUUGUACUCUCUGGAGUUGAGUGAGCUGUACAAGAAAUGGUACAAGAAGAAGGGGCGAGCAAUUGAGAGGGAGCUGGUCAACAAGGCCCAGGCCAUGGCGGUCGGCGACACCCUGCGGUGCAAGUGCAGCGAAUCGCGCUUCCAGGAUAUUCUGCGGCGAGCGUUCAAGGAGGAGGAGGAGGACGACGACGAGGCGCUUCUCGAGCACUGCAAGGCGGUGCUUAAGGACAUGAAGAGCACGCCCGGCACACCAGACGCGUUCAUCGAGGUGCACCGCGUCAUCUGUGAAGCCAACGCAUGGGCGCACAGCCUGGAUGACGCCGCGCUGCGGCAGCUCGCUUCGGACGGGCCGGGAGGCGCGCAGGAGUUGGCUGAGGGCCUCGGCCGUGCUGCGGGACAGGUGCUGCGGGUGCUGGCAUGCCAAAGCCUGAACGAAGCCGGACUCCUGAGCCAAAGCGUGGCGGGCACGGCUAGUAGUGAAGAGGGGCUUAAGGAGGUCAUGGAGAAGUGGUUGAGCACCUCGCUGCAAAUGGUGCACUUCAGCUUCACGACUCUUUCUGUCAAGAUCACGGUGAAAAACGACCACCAGGAAGCACUGCCUCUUGCUUUUGCACUCUUCAGGGCUUCCGUGUAG